AUGGCCGGCUCGGGUGCUGUUCAGGUGACACUAGAACUCGGCCAUCGAGCUCAAGUCCGGAAGAAACCCACUGUGGAAGGAUUCACCCACGACUGGAUGGUGUUCGUGCGCGGUCCGGGCCACUGCAACAUCCAGCAUUUUGUGGAGAAAGUGGUUUUUCACCUUCACGAAAGUUUCCCCAAACCAAAAAGAGUUUGCAGGGACCCACCUUACAAAGUGGAGGAGUCGGGUUACGCUGGCUUCAUCUUGCCCAUUGAAGUUUACUUUAAAAAUAAGGAAGAACCCAAGAAAGUGCGCUUUGACUACGACCUGUUCCUGCACCUGGACGGCCACCCCCCUGUGAACCACCUGCGCUGCGAGAAGCUCACCUUCAACAACCCCACCGAGGAGUUCCGCCGCAAGCUGCUCAAGGCCGGAGGGCAGCGGGAUCCGCACAAGAGAAGUUCGGAGGACUCAAAAGUUAUGGUGAUGCAGGAAGGCUCUACGUCCCUGUUCGGACAGCACCUCAAGCUGCCUACGCUCCCCAACAGCUCCCUGACCUCCUUCUCAUCAGAACCCAAGAAGAGCAAAAGCCUCCAUCCCACAAAGGAUGGAUCCAAAGGAGGCGGUGUGCUCCUCACCACAGCCACAACCACCAGCACUAACAGCAGCAGUUUCUCCAAAAUACAAAAGCCCUCCAAGGACCACAAAGACAAGCCUCCGAAAGACUUGAAAGAGUCCAAAAGUGCCUUCAGAGACUCGGGCUGGGAGUCCAGCAAAGCCCCCAAAGAACCUGCCAGGAAACCCAAAGAGAAUCAGCCACUAAGAGACAUGACCCCUAAGAUGGGCUUCAAGGAACCCAAAUCUAUAUCCAAGGACCUCCGAACUGAAGGUUCUCUCGCUCCAGGGCCCAACAAGCGCCUCUCCAGCCACGAGGCGGAGGAUCACAUGACCAAAAAACGUAAAAAGGGAUUUGUGGACUCCUCCGGGAAGCAGACCUCAGAAACUCAACAUUCAGACAAGAAACUUUUAAAGGAUCGGUCACAGACUCGCAUCAGUAAAACCCGACCAGAGGCUGAGGAGGCCGAGCGUAGAAAAGGACCGACUCUGGCUCCAUUUCAGGAGAGAGUCGACCCCAACGACUCGGACCUGGAUGACCACUCGGCCAAGUCUUAUUCAGAGCAGCCCAGUCCUUCCAGCUCCAGCUCCAGUUCGGGUUUUGCUUCUUCGCACCAUAAGCGACAAGUGGUGGACGUGAUCAUCAGGAAACAGGUGUCUGUCCCUGCUCCCACCCACACAGUGCUGGGGCCUCUGCAGUCCGUCCUGCAGGACCUCCACUCAGACGAUGAAGAAGACUCCGAAGACGACGAGGACCAGGACCUGGACUCUGAUCUGGACCGAGCUGCACACCCUCAUCAUCAUCAUCACCACCACCACCACCACCACCACCAGCGCAGGGUCAGUCUGAGCGACGGCAGCGAGAGUGACAGCUCCUCCCCCUCGCCGCCGCCAUCUCGUCAUGAAGCCCCGCCCCUCCUCAAGGCCACGACCAACCAGAUCCUGGAGGUGAAAAGCCCCACCAGGCAGAGCAGGCAGGACAAGAGCAAAACCCUGGAGUGUGACAAGGCUUAUCUGGACGAGCUGGUGGAGCUGCACAAGAGACUGAUGACGCUACGAGAGGGCCACAUCCUCCAACAGAUCGUGAACCUGAUCGAGGAGACCGGGCACUUUCACAUCACAAACACUACAUUUGACUUUGACCUCUGCUCGCUGGAUCGCGGCACGGUGAGGAAGCUGCAGAGUUACCUGGAGACGUCAGGACUGUCCUGA